AUGAAUACGGCGAGACUUCUGAGGCUUCAGCCUCUUCGUGCAGCUGCUUUCCGACAGCCCGCCCUCAGGCAAUCCACUUUGAGACAAACCAGACUGUUCCACAACACGAGGCCGAUGCUCAGGACAAAGGAAGAUGACCAAAGCGCGCACACCAUCACCCAGAGACUCCGGAACCUCAAGAGAAUUCCACCGGAAUUGUUACCCCUCGGCGUUGUCAUUCUAUUCGCUUUGUUCGCGGCCUGCUUCGCUAUGGGCAAGAAGUUGAUGACUGACAAAACCCUUCGUCUUUCGAAAUCACCCCCGAAGUCAGCUCACUAA